AUGACAACAACCAAGCCGACAUUGGCCGUCAUGGCGUCCUACCUCGCCGCCAAGCGUUUCGUCGGAGGCCCGCCUUCUUCCGACGGACUCGCUCGCCGCCUCGAUUCCCUCCAGUCGCCGAGCAUCCAGCUGCCUUCCCGCAGAUCGCGACACAAAAGCUUCGAAAUACAAGCCUCUGGUAGCACCUAUGGAAAUUACUUCAGAGUUACAACGUUUGGAGAAUCUCAUGGGGGUGGUGUAGGGUGUGUGAUUGAUGGUUGCCCUCCAAGACUUCCCCUCUCUGAAGAGGACAUGCAAGUUGAUCUGGAUAGAAGGAGGCCAGGUCAGAGUCGAAUAACCACUACUAGAAAAGAGACGGACACCUGUAAAAUAGCUUCGGGAAUUGCUGAUGGGUUCACCACCGGAGCUCCAAUCAAGGUAGAAGUGCCCAAUACGGAUCAAAAAGAACAUUACUAUAGUGAAAUGUCUCAAGCUUAUAGGCCAUCCCAUGCAGACGCAACUUAUGAUUUCAAGUAUGGCGUUAGAUCAGUGCAGGGUGGUGGUAGAUCUUCUGCAAGAGAAACAAUUGGGAGGGUUGCUGCUGGAGCUGUGGCUAAGAAGAUACUAAAGCAAUAUGCAGGGACUGACAUUCUUGCUUAUGUUUCUCAAGUGCACAAUGUUGUCCUUCCAGAAAAUAUGGUUGAUAGCGAAAAUGUGACUCUUGAUCAGAUAGAGAGCAAUAUCGUAAGGUGCCCAAACCCUGAGUAUGCGGAAAAAAUGAUUGCUGCUAUUGAUGCUGUCCGAGUGAAAGGUGACUCUGUUGGGGGUGUUGUCACCUGUAUGGUUCGGAAUGUACCACGGGGACUUGGUUCUCCAGUCUUUGAUAAACUUCAAGCUGAGUUGGCAAAAGCUGUUAUGUCAGUACCUGCAACGAUAGGCUUUGAGUUUGGCAGUGGAUUCGCAGGUACAUUUAUGACUGGUAGUCAGCAUAAUGAUGAAUUCUACAUGGAUAAACAAGGUCGAAUUAGGACAAAAACCAACCGGUCUGGUGGGAUACAGGGUGGAAUAUCAAAUGGAGAAACAAUUAACAUGAGAAUAGCUUUCAAGCCAACACCUACAAUCUUCAAGAAGCAGCAUACUGUGACGAGAGACAGGCACGACACGGAGCUCAUAGUUCGAGGUCGUCACGAUCCUUGUGUUGUUUCACGAGCUGUCCCGAUCGUAGAAGCAAUGGUUGCUCUGGUGCUGGUUGAUCAAUUAAUGGCACAAUAUGCGCAAUGUAUGCUUUUCCCGAUUAAUCCAGCACUACAGGAGCCCCUUCAGCUGCCUAAAGAUGAGCAGCCACAGGUUCUCCAUUAA